AUGUCCGCCUACCAAUCCAAUGGCAGACCUUUGUCCCAACAGGCCAUCUACCAGCAGAAAUUGAGACUGGGUGUGUUUAACUCCCCAGGUACCCCUUCUGUGGGUGUCAGCUCGUCUGCUUCCGACUCCGCUGCCCUUUUGGCUGCUUCCGCUGACUUGUCUGUGAAGCCUUCUUACGAACGUCACAAGGCUGCUCCAGACGCUCACUCUGCUGCUUUGGCUGCUAGAAAGGAUUCCAUCUCUUCCUGGUCCAGAAACAGCACUGACCCGGAUGCUGAUGCUGCUGCUGCUAACGCUAGGUACACUGAGCCUUCUCCAACCUCAGGCACCAGGUCUGACUUGGGUCUUCCUUCCGCUUACAACAAGGGUAACGUGUACAAGCGUGCUUCCAGCAACUCUACCUACUCGUUGAACUCCAGAACUACCCCAGAAAAGUUGACCUCCAGACACGGUUUGGCUUCUACUCCUAGAUCCCCUUCCGGUUCCCUUAACAUCGGCAAGAUUUCCCAAUUGGCCGACAAGAACUCUUCCAAGACCUUGAACUCACGUUUCAACCCUGACCAGGACUUCCGUCACGGUAUUAGAUCUCCUCCAGCUGAAUUCUUGUCUCAAGGCGAGGAGAAUGCUGCUGCCAACUCUGCUCAGGCUGCUUUGACUAUGAAGCACGGUGCUGGCUAUACUAACUCUGUCUCUUCUCAGAAGAGAACUAAGGGUUUCGAAGCCGUUGACGUUGUGGAUGCUACCUUGUUGGCCGCUGCCAGCAAGAAGGCUUCCGAGAGAUUGAACUCUCUUCAGGCCAUUGGCCAGACUGACUUGAGAUCUCAGGCUCAGCUUUACUCUAAGGCCUUGGUUGCUGCUCACAAGAACAGUGAGGAGAGAAUUAAGAACAACAAGGCUGGUUUGAUCGAUCUUGGUGGUGGCUUGCAGCUUCCAUACAGUGAGAUUGACAAGAUGGCUGCUUUGAUUGUCGGACCAGUCUUGCUGGACAUUGACAAGAAGGCUUCUGCUCAAAGAGAUCACGAUGUCGCUGCUGCCGAGAAGCGUUUGGAGGCCCGUAAUGCCCACAAGAACUUCAAGCUCGAGCAAGCUGCCAGAAAGCAGAGAGAGAAGGAGUUGCAACAACAAGAACACCAAGACAGAAUCUCCUCUAACGAGAAGAGAAAGCGUGAAGAGGAUGAUUUGUACACCGAGCACCAGAAGAAGAGACACGAAGAAGUUGAAGUUAAGACGCAAGAAUUGAAGGACUUGGAGGAGAAGUACGCUUCCGAGAAGGAAGAGUUGUUGCAAGAGAAGCAGCAAAACGAAGACGAAAUCGAGGAAGAGGAGACUGGCCUUCAGAAUGAGCGUAAAGAAGAAUUAGAACAGAUGCAAGCCGAAAGAGACGAAGAAAUUCAACCACUCCUCGAUGAGUUGGAAGAAGAAAACGGUAAGUUAAAGGAAUUGACCGAUGAAAAGGAUGAAUUGACUACCGAAGUCGAGGCUGCCGAGAAGGAGAAGGAGGAAUACGAAAGCAAGAUCGCCGAGAUCGAGGCCAAGUUGGAGGAGAUCGAGAAGGAUAACGAGCACUACACCACUGAAGUGGAGGAUGCCACCGCUAAGCGUGAGGCCGCCGAUAAAGAGGUCGAGGAGCUCGAAGGUACCCACGAAUCUGACUUGAAGCACCACAAGGAAGCCCAUGAUGACUUAGACAAGCGCAUUGGUGACCUCGAGAAGGAGCAAGAACAGAACACCAUCAGCAGAGACGAGCACAAGAGAGAGAUCUUGAAGCAGAUUGACGAGCAGAUCAAGGAUGAGCACGAUAUCAACAAUCACUUGCCAGAGCACUUGCGUGAGGAAGUGAACGAGGACAAGUUCCGCGAUGUAGGCUCCCUCUUUGACUACGACAAGGCCGAGGAGAAGCCCGCUGAAAGCGCUGCAAAGAAAGCCAGUGAAAAGACAACCGAGGCCAAAGAGAAUGUCAAUGCUGCUGCUGGUAGUGCUGCAAAGAAAGCCAGUGAAAAAACCACUGAAGCCAAAGAAAACGCUAAUGCUGCUGCUGAGUCUGUGAAGAAGGAAGCUACUAGCGCUGCCCAAGGUGCUCCUAAAGCUGCCAAGAAGGAUGAACCUACCAAGAAGGAAGACAACCACUUGACCAAGACCCCAACUGCUGCUUCCACUGCUAGCAACAAGCGUAAGGGUCUCCGUUCCAGAUUCUCCAGUUUCGCUCUGUCUCUCAGAGGAGACUCUAAGCAGGAGGUUCCAACCAACAAGACCUUCGAAGAGAAGAAGACCGCCAAGCCAGCUGCUGAGAAGAAUGAGAGAUCUUCUGACGUGAGCAAUUACGAAGACGACCUCUCCAUCAAGGAUGGCCACAAGAAGGGUGGUGUCUUCAAGGAGGAGAUCUGA